AUGGUCAAGAUCACUGGCUAUUGCUUUUUCUCUGUGGUUGUGUUCCAUAAAUUGAAAGACACAAACUGGUUCUCAAGGCAAGAUACAUACGUUUUCCUCCAAUACUCUGACUCCUAUCAUCGUAACAGUAGCUUGCGGUGGUCGUCAUGCUCUGAAUCCGUCGUGGCGGCUGGUUGGAGCCUUCGUCAUCGUGUUCAGUUGCAGAGAGAACCUCGUGAAGCAACAAUGGUCAAG